CUGCUAUUUUGCUGUCUCUCUGUCACUCUGUUUUUGGUUUCUUCGGAAAGGCUAUGGAGACUGGUGUAAAGAAAGAGUUACAGGAGGCUUCCAGUGCAAGAAACGGCGCCGAGCCGAGCGGACCUGUCCCGGUCAUCGAACUCAGUAGCAGCGGCUCCGACUCCGAUUCAGACGCCGUUCCGAGGAAGAAAGUUAAGGUUUCAGAGAAGACGACGAAGAUGAUGGGACUAGACGGAUUGGGGUUGGUUGUGCAGCCCGGGUUUCUCCGAGUGCUUCCUCCGUCGGAAGCGGCCUCGGCGCUUGCGAGUCCGACAUUGGACGUAUGUUUUGGAGUGCGCGCUGCGAGUGGGCAGAGCUCAUGCAAGCAGUUCUGGAAAGCUGGAGACUAUGAGGGCGCUCCGUCUAGUGACUGGGGUUCGUCCACGGUUGGCAUGGAUCAUGUCAGGGUUCAUCCUAAAUUUCUACAUUCUAAUGCGACAAGUCAUAAGUGGGCUCUUGGAGCUUUUGCAGAGCUUCUGGACAAUUCAUUGGAUGAGGUCGGCAAUGGUGCUACAUCUGUUAAUGUGGAUAUGCUUGUAAAUAAGAAAGAUGGGAGCAGGAUGUUGUUGAUUGAAGAUAAUGGUGGUGGGAUGGAUCCAGAUAAAAUGCGACAAUGCAUGUCAUUGGGGUAUUCUGCCAAAAGCAAAGUAGCAAAUUCUAUUGGACAAUAUGGAAAUGGUUUUAAGACGAGUACCAUGAGGCUUGGGGCAGAUGUAAUUGUUUUCUCACGCUGUUGUGGGAAAGAUGGAAAAAGGCCUACGCAGAGCAUUGGGUUACUGUCUUAUACUUUCUUGAGGAGCACAAGGAAGGAAGAUAUUGUAGUUCCCAUGCUUGACUAUGCAAGAGGGGGGGGACAAGAUUGGAACAAAAUUAUUCGGUCUUCUCCUUGUGAUUGGAGUACAAAUGUGGAAACAAUAGUUCAAUGGUCCCCAUUUUCCAGUGAAACUGAUCUUCUGCGUCAGUUUAACCUGAUGAGAGAUUGUGGUACACGGAUAAUUAUCUACAAUCUUUGGGAGGAUGACCAAGGACUGUUGGAACUUGAUUUUGAUGCUGAUCCUGAUGACAUUCAGAUCAGAGGCGUCAACCGAGAUGAGAAGAAGAUACAAAUGGCAGAGCUUUUUCCCAACUCUAGACAUUUUCUGACGUAUCGACAUUCAUUAAGAAGUUAUGCUUCAAUACUCUAUCUAAGGAUUCCUCCAGGCUUUCGAAUUAUUCUUCGUGGGAAAGAUGUGGAGCACCACAAUAUAGUUAAUGACAUGAUGCUGUCUCAGGAGGUUACGUACCGACCAAAUCCUGGUGCUGAUGUGGGCUCAAACAAUUUGAAUAUGAUUGCUGUCGUAACCAUUGGAUUCGUCAAGGACGCAAAACAUCAUAUUGAUGUUCAAGGAUUCAAUGUUUAUCACAAAAAUCGGCUUAUUAAGCCAUUCUGGAGGCUUUGGAAUACUCCAGGAAGUCAGGGUCGUGGAGUAAUAGGUGUAUUGGAAGCUAAUUUUGUUGAACCGGCUCAUGAUAAGCAGGGAUUUGAGCGUACAACAGUCCUCGCAAGACUUGAGGCACGAUUGAUACAAGUGCAAAAGAAUUACUGGUUGUCUAACUGUCACAGAAUUGGUUAUCAAUCACAUCGUGGUAAUAAACUUGGAGAUGAAGCUGCAAAGGGAGAAACUUCACAUUCAAAAAAGUCUAGCAAGACCCCACAUUCAGUAUCAGAGAAGAACUCUUCAAAGCUAAAUCAGAAGCAUGGAGGAAAAGAAUUGGCAAGAUUUCAGGGAUACGGAAAUGGACAUUGGUCAGAUAAAGAUAGAAAUAGAACAAAGACCCGUACAAAGUCUGGAAAAAGGCGGAUUUCUUCUGAGCCUUCAUACGCAUCUUCUGCAGAAGAUCUGAGUGAUGAGGACAUGCAUAUACUACUUGAGAAACAAGCAAAUGGCAGUGGCCAUAAGACAUUCAAUGCCAUGAGAUCUUUUAGCAAAGAUGGUUUGUGUACGACUAGGUCAUCUUCAUGCAUGAAGGAUACUGAAUCUCAGCUUGAUUCUGCAUCAGGUGGAAGAAAAUCUUCUCCCUCUACACAAUCCCCCUUAAAGGGAGGGGAUGGUAAUUGUAGUGCACAUUCACUUUCAGACUCUGAUUUGCGCACUCUAGAGCUGUUGAAAGAGGAGAAUCAUGAGUUGAGGAAAAGAUUAGAGAAAAAGGAGGGAGAGGUUUUGGGCGAAUUGCUAAGUGAUUUGCAGCAUGAAAGAGACAAGUGUAAAUCUCUUGAAACUCAGCUCCGAACUGUGCUUGGAAAGAUCGAGGAAUUGAACAAUGAACAAGAAAGUCUAAUUGACAUAUUUGCAGAGGAGAGGGAUCGAAGAGAGAACGAGGAGAAAGGUCUGAAAAAGAAGCUACAGGAUGCAAAUCAUACCAUCCAAGAAUUGCGAGACAGGAUAAGGCAGCUAGAAAAAAAUGUAGCCUUCUAACAGCAAACCAGAAUGUUGAGAACCCAAAGCUACACUUCCUCUUUGCUUUCACCAGAAGGUUGUUUGACUGUAUAGAACGUGAUCAGCAGGCCCAGUGUUUUAUGAUGACUUGGCUAAUCAGAGGUUAAGUUUGCAAAGCUUUCUUAGAUAUAGGGUUUUUCUUUUGUAAAGUUGGCCGAUGCUGGCCUUUGGUAGUCUAGAAAGGUAAUGGAAACAGAGACAUGAGCUAUGUAGAGCUGCGGGCACCAAUGAUGGUGUCAAAUUUUGAGUUAUAAAAGGUAUAAAAUGUGCAUGUAAUUCAUGAAGUUUUUCAUCACUCCAUCAUAAUCCAUUGCCUGUAUAAUUUUCAAAGCAUUUUC